UUUAUUAGGAUAUAGCCCCACUCUUUAGUUCGCCAUAUGACGGACAGUCAACUCCGUUUCUGUCACUUGUAAGGCUCGAUGCAGGUGUAAUAUAUUUGAGUCCUUGACCAAAACUGUGCUCAUAUGAUUUUGCGACAAUUGGCAAUACUGCAGCAGUAUUACUGCCGCGAAUAUUACUUGCGGAAGCCAAACCACCUUUUUCCAACAUCUCUAGACGGACUUCGUAUCAUAUCAAAAUGGAUUCAAAGGUCCAGGAUCCUCUAAACGAGAAACCACCUGGCCAUAAUUCUUGGCUCAGUCUAGGAUCAGCCGCAUACGAUUUUCGAGGCGAUGUCCGCACAAGUCCAACGGCAGCGAUGCUUGAAGCCGUCACUUAUGCUAGCCUUCUCGACGAUCUUGAUCGCUCAGAUCCCAGCACGAAAAAGCUCGAAGCAUAUUUGGCAUCCCUGACAGGUCACGAGGCGGGCCUCUGGGUCGUGUCUGGAACAAUGGGAAAUAUAGUCUCUUUGCGGAGUCUUCUGGUUCAACCCCCCUACAGCAUUCUCUGCGAUGAGCGUGCACACUGCUUGAACAACGAGGCAGGAGGUGCCUUUGCUUUUACCGGCGCAGUUCCUCAGCCAGUACAUCCAGCAAAUGACAAGUAUAUUACGCUUGAAGAUAUUCUUCCACAUAUCAAGCUGGGACACGGAGAGAAGGUACACGCAUGUCCUACACGAGUUAUUUCACUAGAAAAUACUCUUCGGGGAAUGGUGAUGCCAUUGGAGGAAACCCGACGCAUCUGCGACUUUGCCCACGCAAAUGGAAUUCGAGUCCACCUCGAUGGUGCUCGGUUAUGGGAGGCUGUCGCUUCAGGCGAAGGUUCUCUAAUAGAAUACUGCGCCCUCUUUGAUACCAUCACCAUGUGCUUUAGCAAAGGGCUUGGCGCCCCAGCUGGUGCAAUCGUGGUAGGAAGCGAGGGUGCCGUCCGUCGCGCUAGGUGGAUUAGACAGAGUAUCGGUGGUAGCAUUCGACAGCCUGGUCUGUUGGCAGAAGCGGCGUACGUUGCUGUUCGGGACACAUUUGAAGGAAAUCAACUCAUCAGGACUCAUCAUAUCGCAGCAAAAAUCGCUCAGCAUUGGGUAUCCUGUGGCGGAAAGUUGAAGUACCCUACGGAAACCAACAUGAUCUGGCUUGACUUUGAGCAACAGCCUUUUGGACUUGACGACCUCAUUAAAGUGGGACGAGAGAGAGGUAUUUUCAUCCACAGAGACCGCUUGGUGAUACAUUACCAAAUUUCAGACGAGGCAGUACAAAUUCUGCUGGGAGUCAUAACAAGGUUGACGAAGCAUGAUGCAGACAUUCUAGAUAUAGCAGUAUCAUAA